GCGUGUGAGAUAAAUGCAAUUGUUCCGUAAGUCAGCAGCGUGAGUACUUUUUAGUGCUACUUUUCUACAGGACUGGAGUGUAACUUGAUCUUCCAGUUCUUUGGCCACUUCUGUGUUCUCCAUACUUCUUUGCAAACUGCACUUACUACUUUAAGUGCAUCAUCUUUUAAGCAUUCUGCUGGUAAUUCAUCUAGUCAGUUCACCAUGUAAAACAUCAUCUUUAAUUUAAGAUGAAUUGAAUUUAAGUUUCUAGUCCCUAGCAAUCAAUUAAGAAACUACUGCUGGGUACAGACCUUGGUUGCCCCCCCCCCAUCAAACUACAAAUCAGUCUUUGUGAGCUUUUCACCUGUGCCACAACCGCAUUGGGUGAGUGUGCAAAGAACUUUAAAAAUGAUUUUAAAAACAGCCUGUCUCAGCAGAGUAUUAUAGACUUAAGCUUUUACAUUAGACACGUCUUGACCAUUUUGGCUGGGUGAAAGAAUGAAUCUUUUCAGCCCUGCAGAAGUAAAGGCGUCCCAUUAUUAUUUUGCUGCCUCUUCAUGGCUCCUGGGACUCAGGGUCACCUUUUAGGUUCCCUCCCCACUGCCUUAUUUGAGGGGGGUUAGGCCCAAUCGGGACAGAGAACUUAUCAACUCCGAACCACCAGUUUUGCUCUUCUGCUCUAAAAUCGUAUGGUAAAUGCGGUGGAAUUGGGAAGGCGCCACCACCAACGCUGAUCUGCAUGUUUCUUGCUGCCUCGGUUGUGCUUUGCAAACCUCAGCGGCAAAGCCUCCGUCCCUGCUUCCUGUGCAAAACGUGUGGGAGGCCCUUUUGGCUAGCAAGCGGGGAGGGGGGAGAGGAAGCACCCCGAAAGUCAAAAGGAGGCAAAUAAGCUCAGACCUCUUCAAAGAAGAACACCAGGACGGCUGAAGACGGAGGCUGGGGGUAUGCAGACAGGCGGGCCAAGCUGACUUCAGGCAGACCGCUUCUGCUCCCAACGCUGCAGAGCCGAGCUCGCUGGCCACCUUUGCUCCCAGGAUGACGGGCUAAGAGGCUUCCUGCAGCAGACGAGGCCAGACCUCUCCUGCUUCAGAGAAGAUGGAAAACCAGACGGCGGCAAACGCCAGCGAGGGGUGCAGCCCUCAGGCAGACUUUCAGUAUUUCCUCUUUCCUGUGAUCUACAUUCUUGUCUUUGUGCUGGGCUUGCUCGAAAACGGGGCCGCCCUCUACCUGCUGAUCUGGCGGAUCUCGAACCCCCCUCGCUCGUACAUCUAUCUCGUCAACUUGGCCGUGGUGGACACCUUGUUCGCCUGUGUCCUGCCUUUCAAGAUCCACUACCACCUUCACCACAACAACUGGAUCUUCGGGGAUAUGGCUUGUCGCAUCACAGGAAGCAUGUACUUCCUCAACAUCUACCUCAGCGUGGCCUUCUUUACGUCCAUCUGCGUCGACCGGUACGUGGCCGUCUUACACCCGCUGGCCUACGUCAGGAUCAAGCGCGUCCAUUAUGCCCUGGUCUCUGCUAUCCUCUGGGUGACCGGGCUGAGCGUUGCUGGCUCGCUGGUCCUGGGGGGGCCUCUUGAUGCCAACAUCAGCAAUGCCCGGGUAUGCUUUGAGAGCUUUGGGGAAGCCUCGUGGAAGGGGCGCAUGCUCCCCUAUAACGUCUGUGUGCUGGUUUUCGGGUUUGUGGUCCCCUUUGUCGUGAUCUUGAUCAGCUACCCUUUGAUUGCCCGGCGAAUUUCACACAUCUCUCACAGCGCUUGCCGAAGGAAAGCGCUGAGCACCAUUUAUCUCAUCCUCUUCAUCUGCGUGACCUGCUUCCUUCCCUUCCACCUCACCCACCUCCUGCAUUUCCUGGCGCGGGCCGGCCUCAUCCAGAACUGCCGUUUUGCCACCACCAUUUACAAGCUACGCCGGGUCACCUUAGCUCUGGUCAGCUUCAACUGCUGCCUUAACCCUGUUCUGUAUUACUACACCUUGGCCAGCAAGCAGUGCCACUGGCAGCUCUGUUGGCAGAAAGGGACCUCAAAGGUCUGCACCAUCAGCGGUGGCCACCGGGGACACCUCAACCAGACACCGGCCUUAUGGGGCGGGAGGUGGAGCAGCCGUGCUGCCAACAAGGUAACGCUGAUGGUCCCCCCGAGAAAGCUUGCUGAUCUUUAAGGGGGUGGCGUUCAUCUUGUUUUGCCAGUUGUGGGCGCACGUUUAAUGUCAUGUGUCAUUUUAGGUUUUGGAGAGGGGCUACUGUGUCUCUAACUUUCCAGAGCAUUUCAAAUAAAGAGUGUUGUC